GUGUGGAGUCAAAGCUGUCAACAUAAACUUGUGAUUGUUGCAUCUAAAACGAGACAAAACAGGAGGAUCUCUGAAGUAAUGUACCCUCUAAAGAAAAUAACUAAAGAAGAUACUUGGAGGUCUGAUGACUUAAAAGUGCACCUUCAGGGACAUCAUGAGGAGAGCAGAAGAAGAGAUGGAUUAAAAGGAGAAGAGGAGCACAGGAAACACAGGGAUGGAGAAUCUAUAGAUCGCAGACACAGAGACCCUGAUCAAGAUGCAAGGAGAGAGAGAGAAAAACAGAGGCAAAGCAAAAGAGAAGGAAGUAAGCAUAGAGACCCAGAAAGGGACAGAAUCCAGGAUGGCAAGAGGGAGGAGGUAAAAGAGGAUAGAUACAAAGAGAAAAGGAGUGAGCGAGUAAAGGCGGUUGCUAACAGCAGGCACAGGGAUGGUGAUAAAGGGAGUGAUGAAAACAGCAAACAACAGAGGGAUAGAGAGAAAGACAGGGACAUAGAGAUGUACAAACAGCGGGAGAACGAUAAAGAGAAAGAUAGAGAAAGGGAGAAAAGGAGAGCUGACAGAGACAGGGAGCGAAAGAUUAGAGAGGAGAGACGAGGAGGAGGAAAAGAUCUGGAUCAUUCUAGAACAGAAGAGCGGGUCGGAGACAAAGAAAGAGAGAGGAGAGAAGGACACAGAGCAAGAGAAAGUGACUACAGUCAACAUGAAUUUGAGGAAAAACAGAGAGAGGGAGAAAGGAGAGAGAGACGCAGUGAUAAAGAGCACUCUGGCCACAAAGAAAGAGAACACAGAAGAGAUAGAGAAGAUGAAGAGAAGAGAAGACGGGGAAAAGAAAGCCAUGAGGCAGAAACAAAUCACUCUCGAGAAGCUGAACGUGAGCGCCGGCACCAGGAGAGGAAAGAACCGAAAGAUUAUCUCAAUGAUAUCAAAAAUAGGGAUAAGGAGAGUGAAAAAGCCAGGGAGAGGGAAGAAAGAGACAGACGGCUUGAAAGAAGGCACAAAGUGGAUUCAGACUCAAAGAGGAACGACAGAGAACGGACAGGGAAACAUAAAGAAUUCUCAGGCCACAAAAGCAGUGAUAGGCUAAACAGAGACAAAGAGGAAACUACCACAAGACCUCAGUUAACUCAGAGGUCUAUUCAAGCUCAAAUGGGUGAUCCAGAGAUCCCUGUAGAGGAUGAAGAAACGGAAGAGGAUAAACAGUCAGGCAAGGAUUAACGUUAUGAUGAUUAUGAGGGGGAUUUUGAGGAUUAUGAAGAAGAUUUUGAGAAUGUAGAUGAAGAAGAGGAUGAUAAGGAGGAGGAAGAGGAGCAUGACAGUAGACUGAGAGAAGAAAUAAGGGAACUGAGCCCCAGGAGAAGAGAAGAGAUUGAAGCCGUCCACAGAGCCAUUAAUGAGGAGAAUGAGAGAAUCUACUCGGCAAGAUCACAGCGCACAACCACAGAGUCAGCUUUCCCCACUAGAGAGAAUCACUCUAACAGAGGUCAAACACAUGGCAAAAUUAUUGAUUUUGUAUUAGCAAAGCAGCGAGAGAUCAGCCAAAAGAUGGCCAAAAAACAGAAGCAACGCAGUGAGGAACUGCUGCGUCUAAUUGAUUUAGACUUCUCCAUCACCUUCUCUCUCCUGGACCUGCCUCCUGUGAAUGAGUAUGACAUGUACAUCAAGAGCUUUGGAACAACCAAUACAAAACAGGCCUAUGUGCAGUGUAAUGAAGACAAUGCUAAUCGAGACGUACAAACAGAAGAAGUUGAAACGAUGGACAAAUGGACACAACACCCACCAGAAGCCAAAGCAGUGUGUGGAGGGCCCAAGGUUUCUCAAGAAACAACUGAUGAGUCCAUGGCAAGAAUGACCACUGACUCUCAACGUUUAACUACUUUCCUAUUUUCUGCCACACAGGUGAUGGCUGUGCUGAAAGAGGAGAAUAUGGCAGAGAGUAAUUCUCUGAGGAGACUUCGCUCUCAAACAGAUGCGCUGUCCUUCAGUGAUGGCUGCCUUCAACUCAACACUAAGCUUCCCUUUCUGCAUGGUCGACAGGUGAGUUUGCUGCAGUUCUCUCACAUCCAAAGGCAGACUCUUCUCUCUGUUCAUCCUCCUUCCCCUAAAACCAAUGCUGUGCGACUUGACAGUGAGACAGUCAUCUGUGUGUGGAACAUCUGGGAACCAUCCAGACCCCAAAAAAUUCUACUUUAUGAAUCUGAGGUGAGGUGCUGUUGUUUCAGUCCUGGUAAAGUUACUUUAGUGUUUGCCGGUACAUCAGUGGGCUCUGUGGUUGUGUGGGAUCUCAGAGAACAUUCUGGUACUCACUGCAACUUGGUGGUCGGCGAGGAGGACUGGACACUGCGUUACCCGACUUUCUCCACUGAUGCUGUGCUUUCAGGGGUGGGUCAUCUCUCUCCUGUAGUGUCCAUUGAACCUGUAAUGUCAACUGGUGAAACAGGUUCAAAUAGCACACUAACUGCAGACAUAGAAGAGUAUCUGGGACUGUCAUUCCCAUUAGGAUCUCUGGAUGAAAAGGGGGUAUUAACUCUCUGGGUUGUGGUUGAGCUGCCCAAAGGAAAUGAUUCUGGAUCUCAAACAGACUUGGGUCUAAGGCCUGGUGGUAAAGUUAAGCUGCUCCACAGCUCCUCUCUACAGACCACUGAGAAAUCACCUCAACCCAUUAUGGGAUGUGGACCUCCUUUGAGCCUUCAGCUGAAGUUCCUCCCUUCUGACUCUAAUCAUUACUUCAUUGGUACCAACAUGGGUCUGGUUAGGCAUGGAACAAGGCAUAGCUUGAAAGUUUUUCCAAAGUUCUACAGAUCACAGUUUGAUAGCUGUGGACUGGUGGAGGUUACAACACUUGACUUUAGUCCUUCAGGAGAACCCUUUUUCUUGGUUGGCUGCAGUGAUGGCACAGUUCGCUUACACUCUGUCCUGAGGGAAGCUCCAUUGAUGGUGUGGUCUGGAUGUUCUAGUGGCACUCCUAUUCUUUCAGUGCAGUGGUCUCAGACACGGCCAGCUGUGUUUUGUGUUCUGGAUGCUGCGUCUGAUCUUCACAUCUGGGACCUAACAGAGAAGGACUAUACGCCCGUCAUCACUGAGAAUAUACACAAUGACUGUGUAACCGCUAUGGCUGCAUUUGGUGAGCCAGCCAAACAGAACACAUUCUCUGGAGUUGCGCUUGCCAAGCAGUCUGGCAAGGUGGAAAUUCAGUAUUUCAAGAAGUCGCUUACAGUACCUAAAGCUUCUGACAAAGAAAAGCUUCAGUCUGUUUUACAGGACACUUUUUGAUAUAUAUUCUCAUUUUGCAAAUCAGAAACUUGUCUGUUUGAGCCCAGAUUCAAAUUAAUAUCCAUUUAAAUCAAUUUGCACAAUAUGCAAAUAACAGAGGACAACAAAAAGUGAAUUGAGAAAGUCAUAAACAAUAUGGACAAACUACCUUAAUUAUAUUUCAUUGUAGUAAUUUCAAUAUAGUCACUAAAGUUACAUGCUUUAAAGGGUUAGUUCACCCAAAAAUGAAAAUUCUGUCAUCGUUUACUCACCCUCAAACUUGUAUAACUUUCUUUCC